AGAGCGGGACUGCGGCAGGAUGGUGGAGCCAGAACAAAUUCUGUACAACAUAAAACAAGAGUAUAAACGCAUGCAGAAGAGAAGACAUUUAGAAACUAGUUUUCAACAGACGGAUCCAUGUUGUACUUCUGAUGCACAGCCAAAUGCAUUUCUCCUCAGUGGACCAGCUUCGCCAGGGACUUCAUCUGCAACAUCCUCACCUUUAAAAAAAGAACAGCCCUUAUUCACCCUAUGGCAGGUUGGGAUGAUCUGUGAACGUUUGUGGAAAGAACGUGAAGAGAAAGUUCGAGAAGAGUAUGAAGAAAUACUGAACACAAAACUUGCAGAACAGUAUGAUGCAUUUGUGAAGUUUACGCAUGAUCAAAUAAUGCGACGAUAUGGAGAACAGCCUGCUAGUUAUGUUUCAUGAAUCACAUUUUCUGCAUCUGUGGGCUGCCUUGUUCCUUGUUGAAUUGUUGCAAGAGGUCCCAAUUAUGACAUGCAGCAAUGCAAAUACCCCCCUGUGAAUACAGGUUAUUUCAAGCUUUCGUCAGUGACAAUUACUCUUAGGCAGCAACUGGUUUUGGAAAUUUCCCUGAUGUCAGUACCACCUGGAUAUGGACCUUUGCUACCUGUAUUAAUACCAGUGGUCUCACUUGCUGUAUCAUUACAAUUUGGCUUCUUAUAUUAAUGUUUGAAAGGAUUAGCGCUGGUAUUCUAAGAACAUGCCCUUCACUGGUUAUGUAAAUAAAACUGUAGAAUGACACUUCAGAUGAAGUUAGUGUGAUUUUAAUUGUGCACUACAACCAAGCUGUAACCAGUUAUUAAUAAUUUAGAAUGUAAUCCCAGGACAUUAUUAAGCAAAUAGCCUACAGUGCUUCCUGUGAAAUAGUGAAGGAGAAGGGCAUUUCUUCUCGGGGUUUCAAAAUGAAUUUAUAUGAUUUUCUCUCUCUCUUUUUUUUUUUUUUUUGGUAGUUUUUAUUUAUUCUAUCAGUCUUUUUAACAAAUGUUUAUUGCUGCAUUUCCCCCGCCCCCAGUGUAUCAUUGUUUUACUGCCCUUGUAGUACUGGAAUUUAGUUGGAAGAAUAAAACCUUUACUUCUAA